AUGGGCUCCUCAAUAAUCAACAUCCAACGCGACAUUAUCCUCAAUACAAUCCGACAUGCUGGCGGUAACGAGUGGAAAGUCUUGGUGGUGGACGAACAGAGCAGGAAAUUGAUCAAUUCCGCCAUGAAAGAAGAAGAGAUCCUCAACUUGAAUGUCUCCAAUGUCGAACAGAUCGAGCAGCGACGGAUGUCCAAUCCGGAUAUGGACGCUCUAUAUAUUCUCUCGCCGGAGUCAUGGAUCGUCGACUGUCUGAUGGCUGACUUUGAAGUCGGACGGUACAGGAAGGCAAUCUUGGUUUGGACCUCUUUCCUCGACCAGCAGCAGCGUGCACGGAUUGACCGAUCUCAAAUGGCACGCGAACGCAUCGCGGACUUCAGGAUUAUGAACAUUAACUUCUACCCCAGAGAGUCACGCGUGGUUACUUUCCGUGAUCCAUGGAGCUUCCCGGUUCUCUUCCAUCCAGGCUGCAACCAUCUAAUCAAGAAGCAUCUUCAAGAUCUUGCCCAAAAGGUUGUCUCACUCUGUGCCAGUUUGGGCGAAUAUCCCGUCAUCCGAUAUUACCGGCCGCGAUCCCCAACCCAUGAAGCCGGUGUCCUCUCCUCCCAUCUGGCACGAUUUAUCCAAUCCGAGCUAGACCAAUUCGCACAAUUUCAGCGGGACUUCCCACCUCCGUCCAACCGCCCUCGGGGAGUAUUGUUUGUGGUGGACCGUUCUAUGGAUAUAUUCGCGCCUCUUCUCCAUGAAUUUACAUAUCAGGCCAUGGUGCAUGAUCUACUACCAAUCAAGGAUGGAGAUAAGGUCACCUACAAGACGAGGGUCAACGAGGGUAAACCGAAUGAGGAGGUGAAGGAUAUGGAGCUGGGCGAGCAUGACAAGAUUUGGGUGGACUACCGACAUAUGCAUAUGAAAGAUGUGCUUGGUAAAUUGGCUGAUGAUUUUGCCAAAUUUAGAAAAGCAAACUCCCAGUUUGCUGAUGACAACGACAAAACCAACGUUAACACGAUCAAGGACAUGCUGGCAGGUCUGACCGAGUUCACAGAGGGUAAAGAUGCAUACACACUGCACUUAAACAUGGCAGAGGAAUGCAUGAAGCUCUUCCAAACUCGCAAGCUGUUGGAAGUGAGCUCUAUUGAGCAAUCGUUCGCCACGGGCCUCGAUGAGAACUACAAGAAAGCCAAGAACCUGGCCGCCCAGCUGGUCCAGUUGCUUGACGAUGAGUCCGUCUUGCCUCAAGACCGUCUUCGACUACUACUCCUGUACAUCCUGUACCGUGGAGGCUUGCUAGGCGGUGACAUUCGCAAACUCAUGUCCCACGCACAACUCCCUGGACAAGACGGGAAUGUCAUUGCCAAUCUUGACCUUCUCGGUGCGCGGGUAGAGAAGCCUCUAAAGGACGAAAAGCCCCCAGUGAAACCGCUUUUCAACAAGAAAGCUCCAGCCCCCGAGACCGAGGAGCUCAGUCUCUCCCGAUACGACAUUGGUCUGAAACAGAUGCUGGAGGAACAAAUCCGGGGCACCCUGGACCCGACAGUCUUCCCAUUCACCAGGCCUCAUACCGAAACUGACGGCGGAAUGGCUGCCCAAGAGAUGAUCACGCAGCAGGCAUCUCUGCGCAGCGCCAAACCCACCUGGGCACGCACUCGAUCCACCGACCAGCCAAAGCAGCGCCUGAUCGUCUUCAUGGCUGGAGGCGCCACUCCCUCCGAGGCGCGUACCUGCUAUGAAAUCUCCCAGAGUUACGGCCGCGACGUCUUCCUGGCCACAACUCACAUGACGACUCCCGGACUCUUUAUGCGCCAACUUGGCGACCUCAGCAUUGACAAGCGCCGUCUGGAUAUCCCGGCCGAGCGACCUAAGCCCAGUGCUCCGGCACAUCUAUUCGAGCGUGAAGCGCCACCUGCUCCCACCCCUCAGCCACAGAAGAAGCCCAUUUCCACAGCACACUUGAACCCACCCGCGCCUCCAGAGGCACUAAUGGCCAACAUGAACUUGGGGUCGAACGGCUCGAACCCGGCGUUGGCGUCGUCGGGAGGGAAGUUGCUCAAGAAAGACAAGGAGAAGAAGGACAAGGACAAGAAAGAUAAGGAAAAGAAGUACCGGUUCUUCAAGUAG